GGAGCGGCUUGGACGGCAGGGGCUACCCCAAGAAGGCCGGCAGGCCCGCCAGGGUCGCCUCGGACGAGGAGAUCCAGGGCUCCAAGGAUGCUGUCAUUCAGGACCUGGAACGGAAGCUCCGCUUCAAGGAGGACCUGCUGAACAACGGGCAGCCGAGGCUGACCUACGAGGAAAGGAUGGCCCGCCGCCUGCUGGGGGCUGGCAGCGCCACCAUCCUCAGCGCUCCAGAACCAGAAGAGGAGGCAGCCAGCCAGGACCCCGGGUCCCCUCACGCUUCUGUAGGGAGUCCUCUGGACGGUCAGAAGGAGUACAAGGUGUCCAGCUGCGAGCAGAGGCUCAUCAGCGAGAUCGAGUACCGGCUGGAGAGGUGCCCCGUGGAGGACCCAGAGGACGAGGCCCCCUGGGGCGACGUGGCCACGGAGGACGGUGUGGCCCCGCUCUUCCAGGUGAAGCUGAGACACUACAAGAUCUUUGAGGGGAUGCCAGUGACCUUCACGUGCAAGGUGACCGGGAGCCCAAAACCAAAGAUCUACUGGUUCAAGGACGGGAAGCAGAUCUCCCCCAGGAACCAGCACUACAGCCUGCAGAGCGACCCCGACGGCACCUGCUCGCCUGUGGGUGGCGGGGCUGCCACGCUGGGGGACGAGGGCUGGCCCGAGACAAGAGAGGGCGGUAAACAUACCUGCACUGCGGUCAGGAUCCAGCAGGAUCCCCAUUACAGGGGUGAGGCUGAACGUCUGCUUUCCUCCCUGGAUGGCCCGAAGACGGCCCUGGAGCCAGCCGAGCGCGGGCCCCUAAGGAGCAUCUUGACGUGCGCCCCUGAGGUCCCAGACCCGCAGAAACGAGACAGGCUGGUGUCCUUCCUCGGACGGACGUUGGUCUGGUCCAGGAACCAAGUCUCAGGAGCACAGGACGGACACGGGGAGGUGCUCAGGGGCCGGUCGUCAACGUCUGUCCCUCUGUCCCCACAGGGCCGCGUCAGCUGCACCGGGCGGCUGAUGGUGCAGGCGGUGAACCAGAGAGGCCGCAGCCCCCGCCCGUCCUCGGGCCACCCGCACGGCAGAAGGCCUCGGUCCCGGUCCAGGGACAGCGCGGACGAGAGCGAGCCGAUUCAGGAGCGCUUCUUCAGGCCUCACUUCCUGCAGGCCCCUGGGGACCUGACUGUCCAGGAGGGGAGGCUGUGCAGGAUGGACUGCAAGGUCAGCGGGCUGCCGACCCCGGACCUCACCUGGCAGCUGGACGGGAGGCCCGUCCGCCCGGACAGCGCCCACAGGAUGCUGGUGCGGGAAAACGGGGUGCACUCGCUGGUCAUAGAGCCUGUCACUGCCCGCGACGCCGGCAUCUACACAUGCGUGGCCACCAACCGGGCGGGACAGAACGCCUUCAGCCUGGAGCUCGUGGUCGCUGCCAAGGAGGCGUACAAGGCCCCUGUGUUCCUGGAGAAGCUGCAGAACACGGGGGUGGCUGACGGGUACCCGGUGCGGCUGGAGUGCCGCGUGUCCGGGGCGCCGCCCCCGCAGAUCUUCUGGAAGAAGGAGAACGAGUCGCUGACGCACAGCACAGACCGCGUGAGCAUGCACCAGGACCCCCACGGCUACGUCUGCCUGCUCAUCCAGGGAGCCACCAAGGACGACGCGGGCUGGUACACGGUGUCAGCCAAGAACGAGGCAGGGAUUGUGUCCUGCACAGCCCGGCUGGACGUGUACACCCAGUGGCAGCAGCCGGCGCAGAGCACCAAGCCCAAGCGGGUGCGGCCCUCGGCCAGUCGCUACGCCGCCCUUUCGGACCAGGGCCUGGACAUCAGGGCUGCCUUCCAGCCCGAAGCCAGCCCGUCGCACCUGGCGCUGAGCCCCGGCCUGGUGGAGAGCGAGGACCUGUAGCCCGGCCGUCCCGCCCCACCCCUCUGCCGCCCUGUCGGAGGCAGACACACCCUGAACUGUAAGAACUAGAGACACCAAAGCCGCGCUUCCCUUCCUGGGGCGCCGGUGUGAGCAGACCGCCCCUGUACCGAGUACUCGUCACCAGCCAGCUUCAAAACCCUGGGAAUGGCGGUGAUGAAAGUGCUCGAGAAGAGGUAACUGCCACCACCCGUGUCACCCACAGUGCCUUGGACUCCGGCGUAGGUGCCACCAGACCCCCGUCACGUGCUGGGCUCUGCCGGGCAGGGAGCGGGCGGAGACGCAGGUCGGUGCCUGGUCCUGUAGAUGGUCGUCUCCCAGAGCGUCCAGGAGGGACGACUGCCUCCGAUUUUACUUACCUGGGGAGUCUUCUCACAAGGUUGACGCCUUGGUUCCUAACCUUUUCUUCUUAACGUGUAGUGUUUUCUUUUCAUGUUGCCUGGGUAGGAAGCUCACUCACAAACCCUGUGAAAGGCUGAUUUAAGUACAGAUAGUCUGGAGUUCCCUGAAUAAAGCAGAGCUGCGUCACAGUCCAUUCCAUGGAGGGCCAGGGCGCCCUGAGGGCCGGGGGGCGGGGCCUGGGCAAGGAGAGGGAGGGACAGCCCGCCAGGCUGUUCGCGCAGAUGGCAGGAGGGGGCAGGAGGCUGGAAGGGCCAAGCUUUUCUUUGGUUUUCUCCAAAAUCCAUCUAAGACAGAGGUGAGAAUCACUGCCAUUCACAAGUCAGGGACCUAAGGGUCAGCGGGAGGACGCUUGUGCUCCGGACACCGCGGUGUCUGAGCUCGGGGCGGCGCUGAAGAUUUAGGUGCACAGAGCAAGUUGCGUGUGGACCGAGGCUGCGAGAUUGUCACAGAGACAGCCCGUGGGCUCUAGUCUGCUGGGGGGAUCGGAGACUGUGGGAGACAAAACAGGUCGGUGCCAGGAUGCAUUUUCUCGAAGGCUCUGAGAUACGUGGCUGGAGACUGAGUUCACGCCCCUGCUGCCAGGAGACCUUUUUGGCCUAAGAAGGUGCUGGGUUUCGAGUCGCUUGUCAAGGCGUCUUGGCAAAGACUGAUCUCUGAAUGCCUGUGGUUCGGCACCAGCUCAGUGGCGUGGAUCUGACCAGACUUGAUGGCUUUAAGUCGGAACCAAUAAACUUUGAAAGGGAGAAAAAAACAAUGUGGCCUGAUACUAUGAAAUGUGAGGUGUUAACGGUACUUUGCUAUGAAAAGAACACACUGUACUCCUGCAGAACACAUGUAUCUUUCAUUAUUUAUAAGAAAAAUGGUGAACUCAGUUACUCAGUUCAGUACGUAGUAUUUUUUAAAUAAUUUUGUAUCUGUACCACCCAUAUAGUUCAUGUUUCUGCUUCACGUGUGCAGCUUCCUGCUUCCUCGUAAGGACACCAGCCAGCCGAGUUUUCAGUGACCGGCUUGGGCACCGGGGCCAUACACGCUCCGUGCAGAGCAGUCCAGGCGUCUGACCACGUGGACGUACACUGCUCAUGUGGGUUUACAAUACCGGGCAGUCUCUCGUGGACCUUUCUCCACGGUAGAAUCAUGACUUACAUCGUAUCUUACUUGCCAAAUUUUUCUGAAUGUGACUUUUUGCUAAUUUGCUGGGUUUGGGGUUAAGUAGCAUUUUUGCCACCUUUCAUGUUGUAUUUAUAAAAAAAAAUAAGUACUAUCUUACUUCUUUGGGUUGUUGUGCUGGUGUAAUGUGGACUUAACAUCAAUAAAUAUUUAACAAAUAACACUUGCAGUUCCGUGGAGCAAAA